GCAGCCCGCAGCCUCAGCCAGGGAGUCCCAGCCGCUUUCAAUGGAGGAGAAGCCCGGCCAGCCACAGCCUCAGCACCAUCACAGCCACCACCAUCCGCACCAUCACCCCCAGCAGCAGCAACCGCAGCCACACCACCACCACCAUUAUUCUUUCUACAGCCACGAUCACCAUCACCACCACCAUCACCAGCAACCUCACCAGUACCUGCAGCAUGGAGCCGAGGGCAGCCCCAAGGCCCAGCCUAAGGCGCUGAAACAUGAGCAGAAACACGCGCUCCAGCAGCACCAGGAAACGCCGAAGAAGAAAACAGGCUAUGGUGAACUAAAUGGUAAUGGUGGAGAAAGAGAAAUAUCUUUAAAGAGCCUGGGUUCUGAUGAAGCUACCAACCCUAUUUCCAGGGUCCUCAAUGGCAACCAACAAAUCAUAGACACUAAUCUGAAGCAGACUCUAAAGGCCAGCACCUUUGGGAAAGCAGGAAUUAAAACCAGGAAUUUCGUUCAGAAGAACAGUAUGGACAUAAAGAAUGGGAAGUCUUAUGAAAAUAAAUCUGGAGAGAACCAGUCUGUAGAGAAGACUGAUACUGUAGCAAUUCCAAAUGGUGUUGUAACAAAUAAUUCUGGCUCUAUUACUAAUGGUUAUAUGGGCAAAGGAGCAGAUAAUGAUGGUAGUGGAUCUGAGAGCAGAUAUACCACUCCUAAAAAGAGGAAAGCUAGGCACAAUAGUGCCAAGGGAUGUGAAAACCUUAAUUUAGUACAGGACAAAAUAAUGCAACAGGAGACCAGUGUCCCAACCUUAAAACAGGGACUUGAAACUUUCAAGCCUGACUACAGUGAACGAAAGGGAAAUUGAGUAGAUAGUUCAAAGCCCAUUUGGAAGUAUGAAACUGGGCCUGGAGGAACAAAUCGAGGAAAACCUGCUAUGGGUGAUAUGCUGCGGAACAGCUCUGAUAUUAAACCCGGUGUGAGCGGCAAAAAGUUUGAUGACCAGCCCAAAGGAAAGCAUGCUUCUGCUGUUCCCUCCAAAGAGGACUCUUGGACCCUAUUUAAACCACCCCCAGUUUUUCCAGUGGACAACAGCAGUGCUAAAAUAGUUCCUAAAGUAAGUUAUGCAAGCAAAGUUAAAGAAAACCUCAACAAAGCUGUACAGAACUCUUCUGUGUCACCAUCCUCAUCUUCAUCCUCUUCAUCAUCUGCUGGGGAAACUCAGACCCAGUCUUCAAGUCGGUUAUCCCAGGUCCCUAUGUCAGUGCUGAAAUCUGUUACUUCGGCCAGCUUUUCUAAUGGGCCGGUUUUAGCAGGGACUGAUGCAAGUGUGUAUUCUCCAGGGGGUCAGCCACUGUUAACUACUGCUGCUAAUACUCUAGCACCCAUCUCUUCUGGGACUGAUUCAGUUCUCCAGGACCUGAGUCUGACUUCAGCAGCUGUUGAACAAAUUAAAUCUAGCCUUUUCAUCUAUCCUUCAAAUAUGCAAACUGUGCUGUUGAGCACAGCGCAAGUGGAUCUACCCUCUCAGACAGAUCAGCAAAACCUGGGGGAUAUCUUCCAGAAUCAGUGGGGUUUAUCAUUUAUAAAUGAGCCCAGUGCUGGCCCUGAGACUGUUAUUGGGAAGUCAUCAGAUCAUAAAGUGAUGGAGGUGACAUUUCAAAGUCCUGCCACUUUGGUUUCACAGGGUGCUGAAAUAAUCCCCUCAGGAACUGAGCAUCCUGUGUUUCCCAAGGCUUAUGAGCUGGAAAAACGGACUAGUCCUCAAGUUCUGGGUAGCAUUCUAAAAUCUGGGACUACUAAUGAGAGUGGAGCCUUAUCCUUGGAACCCAGUCAUAUAGGUGACCUGCAAAAAGCAGACACCAGUAGUCAAGGUGCUUUAGUGUUUCUCUCAAAGGACUAUGAAGAAAAUCAAAAUCCUCUGGCAUCUCCUACAAACACUUUGUUAGGCUCCGCCAAAGAACAGAGAUACCAGAGAGGCCUAGAAAGAAAUGAUAGCUGGGGUUCUUUUGACCUGAGGGCUGCUAUUGUAUAUCACACUAAAGAAAUGGACUCUGUUUGGAAUUUGCAGAAGCAAGAUCCCAAAAGGAUAAUCACUUACAAUGAAGCCAUGGAUAGUCCAGAUCAAUGAAGGACCAGACUGCCUAUUUGUAACCUUUCUGCAGCAUUAGAGCCACCGUUCAUGGGGGACACAAGGCUUUUAUGCUCCUAGAUCUUCAACGCAGCAGAGGAACCAUAAGUAGAAUCACAGGAUAAUAUAUACAAAUAUAUAU